GGCGAAGGCGUCAAGAGGAUGCGGAGUUCAAGUCUAUGGAUAAUGCAUACGUCAGGGAGGGCAUGGUUAUGAAAUAAGGCGGGGACCUUACCACUUCACGUUUUUCAUUCUCAGCAUCUUUUUACGCUCUGAUGGUUUCCCCUACCUUUUCUCUAUUUCUCUUUAUUUAUUAUUUUCUUUUUCUUAUCUCGUGCAAUCCAUCAUAUUACCAACCGCAACUAGCAUUAACCGUCAUUAUUAAACCUAAAAGAACCCUAUUCUUAUGUUACAUAAUGUACUUAAUAUGGUGGGAGGCCAUUCGGCCAGGAUAUGGGUAAUUCAGAACCAUAGGUCUAACACUUACAACUUUGCUCUA